AUGCGGACUGCAGACGACGAUGGAGCUACUGUCGCCGUGUUGGUUCCGUCCUGGGAAUUUCGUCUAGGUCGGGGAACGACUGGCAAGCAGAGCUCAAUCGACCCGGUGGUGAGAACACUGGCGGCUGACAAUGCGCAUACAUGUGAUUCUCCGGAAAUAGCAACAGCGCUUUGGGGUAUGGUUAUUGCAUCAAGUGGUCGAGUAGUCUAG